AUGAGACGAUCGUGGACGCUUGUCGCGGCGAUAGCCCUGGCUGCAUCGGGGCUGGUAAGUGGCGGUUUGCACGAGAAGAGGCUGCUGAAUGACCUGCUGGACACAUACAACGUGCUGGAGCGGCCGGUGGGCAACGAGUCCGAACCCCUCGUGCUGAACUUCGGCCUCACGCUCAUGCAAAUAAUCGACGUCGACGAGAAGAACCAGUUGCUCAUCACGAAUCUCUGGUUGAAACUGGAAUGGAAUGAUGUAAACAUGAGAUGGAACGUUUCGGACUAUGGAGGGGUACGAGACCUUAGAAUACCGCCGAGUCGGUUAUGGAAACCUGACGUUCUUAUGUAUAACAGCGCCGACGAGGGCUUCGACGGCACUUACCCGACAAACGUCGUCGUAAAGAACAAUGGGACCUGUAUGUACGUGCCGCCCGGUAUAUUCAAGAGUACUUGCAAGAUCGACAUUACCUGGUUUCCCUUUGAUGAUCAGCGCUGCGAGAUGAAAUUCGGUUCCUGGACGUACGACGGUUCUCAGUUGGAUCUGCAGCUGCAGGACGAGAACGGAGGUGACAUCAGCAGUUUCAUCACUAACGGCGAGUGGCAUCUGUUGGGGGUACCCGGUAAGAGAAAUGAGAUCUACUACAACUGCUGCCCAGAACCGUACGUAGACAUCACUUUUGUCGUCAUCAUCAGAAGACGCACACUCUACUACUUCUUCAACUUGAUCGUGCCGUGCGUCCUGAUUGCCAGCAUGGCCGUCCUCGGGUUCACCCUGCCGCCCGAUUCCGGCGAGAAACUCUCCCUCGGGGUAACCAUCCUUCUGUCCCUUACUGUGUUCCUGAAUAUGGUUGCCGAGACAAUGCCGGCGACAUCCGACGCCGUGCCGCUUUUAGGGACGUAUUUCAAUUGUAUCAUGUUUAUGGUGGCCAGUAGUGUGGUCAGCACGAUCCUCAUCUUGAAUUAUCAUCAUCGGAAUGCUGACUCCCAUGAAAUGGGUCGAUGGGUUAAAAUAAUUUUCCUAUACUGGCUACCUCGUAUACUCGGUAUGUCAAGACCAGGACAGGAAGAAGACAAGGAAAUACAAAAGUCUCAGAAACCAUCUCCUGUCACGGGUGCAAGCAAGUCGUACGGUGAUCUGGAGCUGCACCAGAGGAGUAGUAAGUCCCUCUUGGCGAACGUCCUGGACCUGGAUGACAACGCGCUGGCGUCUCACAACAAUUUGCUGAACAAUGUGUACAGCACACCUGGACCUCAUCACGCUCACGCGAUGGGUCACGGCCAUAGUCAUAUACACACGACGCCUCAUCAUCAUCAUAGCCACGCACCCACGACGCCGCACCAUCAGCAUGCGACGCCGCUGCCGCACGCAUCGUAUCCCGGCCAUCAGAUCUCGCAUACGCCUCAUCAUCAUCCACAUCCGCAAGACGCGCCAGCGCCGCAGGUUGAGACGAUACUCCAGAACGCGUGCUUCUGCGCUCGUUACGAGCUUGUGCUAAUCUUGAAGGAGAUUAAGAUGAUAACGAAUCAACUGAAGACCGAGGAUGAAAACACAAAGAUCUCGAACGACUGGAAGUUCGCGGCGAUGGUGAUCGAUAGGAUGUGCCUAAUCAUUUUUACUCUGUUCACCAUCAUCGCUACCAUCACCGUCCUGCUGUCAGCGCCGCAUAUUAUCGUCACGUGAUUCAGAAAAGCCAGUCUGCCGCCGGUGGUUCCGGGGCCGACGAGGAUUGCGUGCCAGGCGCCGGCAUCGACGGACGCCGCACGCGACGCUUUAAUCGAGCGUCCGCCCUUAACCGAUUUCCGCCAGAUCGGGUUAAAGGGUGUUCAUCUUCGGGUUCGCACGCCGCUUCGUUUCGGAGACCUGCGCGUUAGGAAGAAAGCAAUACGGGGAGUAACUUCGUUUCUUUAUGAUACACAUAAUAAUACCAGUAAAAAUAAAAAUAAUAACAUUAUCGAUAAUGAGAAUAACGAUAAUAG